GGGCCUCUUAGAACUGGUGCAGUGGCCAAAAGGCCCUUCAUGGCCUACAGAAGAAGAAGCAUAGCCUCAUCUAUUGCAGAUGUCUUUACUAUAAGUCCUCUGCCAUACCCAGUUCUCCUUAUUCUAGCAGUGAUCUUAAUCUUCUUUUCUAUAUCAUGGUAUGUCUCUUAUGACUCAAUUAUAGAAGCUGCAGAAGUGCAGAUGAGUUGGGCGCUAUUAGCCAUUCCUAUACUACUUCUAAUGGCAGUCCACUUGGUGUCAUCCAUGGAAAAUUCUGACCUCUUCUCUGCUUCCUCGCCCUAUGGUUAUCGCCGCCGCAGCUACCAGAGUCCUCAGGAAGGCAGCUCUCCAUGGGGCGUGGCUGCUUUAAUUGUGUUGUUGCUUAUUAUGGUGAAAUACCAGUCUGUGUUCCAUGAUAGCUGGCUUGUUUAGUAUGUUAAUUGUUACUGAGUAUGAUGUGUUUAGGUUGAAAUAUGUGAUUUGAAUAACUGGGUUUUGUGUAUAAUAUGACUAUAGUGAGUUAAAUUAUCUGUUUUUAGGGUUUGGAUUCUUGGCUUAUGAAUCUGGUCUAAUUGCAGACGUUUGAUGCUUUUGAUUA